AGAACAACAAAAUGGCCGCACCAAAGGGACCACGAGGCGUCGAAAAGAAGCGAAAGUCGAAGAAGAGAAAGUCAAGAACCGAGGUCUCAUCCUCAGAAUCGUCCAGCGAAAGUGAGGUAGAACAGGAGAGCAGGAAGAGCCCAUCGACCGAGCCAGAGUCUGCGGACUCUACUCCAGAGCCCACACCAAAACCCGCCAGGAAAGAGAAGAAGGCCAAAGCCACCCCAACAACAGAUGACGAUACCCCUAUGAUUGACGCCUCUCCUUCUUCUUCCCCAGAACCAGUUCAAAAAGCAGCCGCCCCAGCCAAAGCUCAAGUACCGCCUGCGAAAAUUGACGAAGAUUUUGAUGCCAUUUACAUCCGCAAGAUUACCACUGAGCUUGCGGAUGAUUUGGACAAAGUGCGCUCAGCCCAGGACUUCAAGGCAAACAGUAUCCCAAUGCUCAUCCACGCACUGAAGCAGGGCGAGAGCUUGUUCUCAGCUGAAGAGAAGAGGAGGGUUGUUAAAACUGCAAAAGCUUGAUGCUACACUAUUAGUCUAGUAUGCAUGGGUGGAGUUUGGAGUCUGCAUAAGAUGGCUU